UUUCUCAUCUGACAAACCCUAAACUGCCUCGCUCAAGCUCCCGUUACAAUCCCCUGCCCGUCUCCCAACCAUGGGUCUUCUUUCCUGGUUCAAAGGAAAACCCCAACAAACUCAACCAAACAAGCAAAACCCAAAACAGGAAACACCAGCACCGGGCAUGAACGGAGCCGUGGAGGUGCCCCGACCCGACAGCGUCACGGUUUUCGAGUUCGGCUCGGUGGCUAGCACCGCGGACAAGGUCACUCUCGCUGGCUACUGCCCCGUAUCGGACGACCUGGAACCCUGCCGCUGGGAGAUCCUUCCUGCAAAUAGCUCUGAUGCGCCACAGUUUCGGGUGGUCUUUUGAGCAGUUAAAAAGAAAUUGCUUGUACGAAAUUUUAGGAAAUUGAAAAGCCCUACUACUAGUUGUAUGUACGUUUAAUUCAAAACUAAUUCUUGCCCUGAAUGGAAAUGGAAAACAAUCCUGUUUAAAAAUUUAGCUGCUUUCUAUUAAUUUUCACUUCAAAAAUAAUUGGCAGCUUAGGCAGGAGAACAAUUUGCUGGUCUCCUUGUGUAUUUAUUGUUGUUCAUCUAGGUUUUUGAGUGAUGGGUUUGGUACAACUAGUGGUAUUUAUGCGGAUUAUUUGGGUUAAAAGUGGGUUUGUUGCAAUGAGUUUUGUGUAAAGAUGACGUUGUUGCUAUCCCUGCUUUGAAAAUAAUAAGCAACUGAGCUUUUGUUUGUUCUACAGAAAGAUUUUGCCAG